GUGUAAGUAAUAAUUGCUGCUGCGUAAAGAUGUCGCCUAUGUGUCUGUUUUGUAUUUAAUUAUUUUUGUCGUGUUGGCUUUCCUGUCGUAGCAGUAAUAUGGCGGGUAAUGAGCUUUACAGAUUUUGAAAGUAUGAAGUGUAACUGACGAAUUAUGUAUAUAGAGGAUUUAAAGAAAGACUUUUAUAACGUGUUAAUUGGAAAGAGGAUACUUCUACUAGUGAAUUAUGACAUUGAUGCAAUAUGCACAUGCAAAAUUCUUCAGUACCUAUUUCGAUGUGACAGUAUUAUCUACACAUUGGUUCCUGUGCAAGGGAUAACCGAUCUUCAGAAUGCCUAUGAAGAAAACUGUGAAGAGAUAAAGUAUGUUGUGCUUGUGAACUGUGGUGGCACCAUAGACAUUGUUGAUUCACUUCAGCCUGAAGAGGAUGUCGUGUUCUUUGUUAUUGACAGUCACAAACCAACUGAUGUAUGCAAUAUUUAUAAUAAUGGACAGAUAAGAUUGCUGUCUAAGGCAGAAGAUGAUGAAGGUAUUCCAGAAUUUGAAGAAAUUUUCCAGGAUGAGUCAGAAGAGGAUGAUCAAAAUUGUUCAGAUGAUGGCUCAGGUGAUGAGGACGGAGCAGAAGAGUCACGACAGGCAAAACGACGACGUCUGGGUGAAGAAGCAGUGCUUAGGAGACGGGAACGACGUCUGUGGGAGGAGAAGAGAGACCGACUUAUGUUUAACUACACUCAGUUCAGUUAUUAUGGUCAUUCGAGUGCUGUGAUAAUAUUUGAACUUGCAUGGAAGCUGUCAAAGGACAACAUGGACCUGUUGUGGUGGGCAAUUGUGGCUGUUACAGAGCAAAUAUUGUUGGGUAAAGUGGAAAAUUAUCAGUAUGUUCUGGAGACAGGGAAUUUGCAGGGUCACGUCGCUCGUCUUGGUUACCAAGGUGAGGUGUUGUAUGACGAGAACUCCACCCAUCAUAAGACUGCACUGAAGAUUACGUAUGACAAGGACCUGAAUUUAGCACUUUAUCGUCAUUGGACAGUGGAAGCAAGCCUUCGGCACUCGAUGUACUCGGCUGUGAAGUUAAAACUCUGGACUCUUCGUGGAGAGAAUAAACUUCAUGAGUUGCUUGCUGAGAUGGGAUUGCCUCUUGUUCAGAGCAGGCAGAAGUUCAACGCAAUGGACCUAGUGCUUCGUCAAGAGUUUCACUCGAUGAUAGCCAAGCUUGCAGAUAAGUACCAGUUGCAUGACAUCGUUAUUGCGUCGUUCACUUUGCAGUAUGGCUUCCGUAGUCGCUAUUGUGCUGCUGAUGUGGUGUAUGCUAUGCUUGCCACUCUGGAAUUCACAGGAAGGGGUAAAUCACCAGGCGAUUGCUUCGUAGAUGCUUUGGACUGUUUGUCCAGACAGAAGAAAGAUUUGUUGGAAGAUGGAAUUGAGAAAGCAAAACGAAUGCUGAUGUGUAUCUUCAAGCAAGUACAAGCUGCACUAGACAUGCAUCAAGUUAUUUCAGCUGGUCCAUUUGUUUACUUGGUAUUACAAGAGGGCACAUUAGAUGCAAAGAUGUUCUCUCGCCCUCAUUGCAUCACCCUUCUGGCUCACUUCGCUCUAAAAGCACAUGUGGCGAGCUCACGGAAUCGCAAAGCGUCUAGCCUGCCCCUGAUUGCAUCAGCACCGCAUGAUUUGGACAAGGGCACCUGUCUAAUCGUUGGAAUUCCUCCUACUUGUGAGGACUCACCAAAGAAUUUCUUCGGCAGAGCCUUUGAACGUGCAGCAGAGAAAACCAGCGCCAGAAUGCUACCAGACUACUUCGAUAGUUCCAUUGUUGAACUUAAGACUGAAGACAGGACAAGAUUUUUUGAUGCCUUGACGACUCUGCUGAGUUAGGAUGAAUAAUAAUUUAGUGAUUCCUGCUACAUAUCACGGUUUUUGUUUUCCAUUACAACUUGUGUUAUUUUAACAGCACACUUUUAAUUCCACUAAAGAUAGCGUGGAAUGCGCAGAGACAGUACUUUCUGCCAGUUUUUGAAUGGCGGUGAAACUGAACCAAUGGAAAGAACUCAACCUUAACUAUGGAUAAUGACAUGAGCAUGCGUUUCUGUUCAUGUUUAGAGAUGUUUCUGGAAACUUUGCUUUCCAUGUAGUACUGAAAAGAUGUGGUAUGGAAAAAAAUAAAUACUAUAUGGCAGAAGGGGUAAUAGGAUUCAUAAUUAUUAUCAGAGCUAUUUUGUUCUUUUAAAAUAUGGAAUGAAGCCAUACUGUAUGUUUGUGUGUCAAAGUUAUGUAAGAAUAUACGAGGUAUUGCUUUUACUUUAUUGAUAUGUUAAAACAUUAGAAAUUGAACAGCAUAAACAUUGCAUAAUCACUGCGCUACAUGCAAAGUCUCUACAUGUUCUACAGAGCAACAAAGCCAUUUUUGUUGGUAAUGUCGAAGGUUCUGUGUCUCGACGCUUUAUUCAGAGGUUGAGUCCACUUUGUCAGUAGGGGCUAGGGACCGAGGGAUAAAUGACAAUAAAAAGUUGAAUGGAGAAAAAUUAAGAUUUGUGUUGUAUGAAAGACAGUUGACUGUGCGCCGAUGCUCCUGCAUUAACAUCGACUGCACGUACAAAUCUGAACUGUGCUGUAGAAAGUAGCCCUGUUUUUGAUUGGAUGUUUUUAACUAUUUUAAUUGACUUUCUCAAUUCAAAUGUAUCAUCAUCAUAAUUACUUGGACUGUUUAUAUUAUUAGUAAUGUCAUUAGUGUAUUUAUCGACCAUGUCUAUGUGAAAGCGUGUUCAUUGAUACACCAAAUCAUAAUAGAAUUUUAAAGCGUGCUUUUCAGUCAUGUAAUUUUUUGUUUUAUGUGUACCAUUUCAAAUAAAACUGACAAAUAGAAACA